GCGCGGGGUGCGGAGCAGGGAUGGACGCCCCCAGCCCCGCUGCAGGUGGAGGUUGGGGUCGCCCCCCAGCCCGGGGGAGACCGGGAGGGAUCCGGGGGGGGGCGGGGGCCGGGGCCGCUCGCUUCCUCCGCUGCUGCGAUCGCGCCCAGGAAGCGGCUGCGGGCCGGGGAAGGGGAAGGGGGAGGAGGCGGUGGUCCCAGCGGAGCCCCCCCCCAGCCCUGACCGCCCUUGCCCCGGGGUUGGGGGGGGUCCCUGCUCCAGGGGCGGGGGGGCAGGUCUUUGUCCCGGGUGUGUCCCUGCCCCGAAGUGGCAAUGGGGGUCCCGGUCCCGGUGGCCCAGCUGCAGGAAUAGGGCUUUCAGGGCUCUUGUCUUGGUGGGCAGUGGGAAUUCCUGGAGGGUGGGGGGGCACGGCCAAGCUCUGCCAUCUGAAAGUCCGCCCUGCCCUUCUCCAGGCAAGGGGGGCUCCUGCCAGCCGGGACAGUGGUGCCCCCCAUGAUACAGGACAGGGAAAGCAAGACCCCAUCCAGCCUGUCACUGCAGCCCAAGGGCACUGGGGAGGGGGGCAGGUGUGUGCCCCAGACCCGAGCCAGCCCAGGGCCCCACACCCAGCCUGCAGCCCCCCACACUGCAAACACCCCCGCGCCCCUGCCAGAUAUCGGGGUGGGAACCGUCCUCUCCAAGUGCCCCCGUCUUCCCCAGCCCAGCUUGGCCAAGGAUUGCCCCGGGGAAGCUCCCUCCUUUCCCCAGCGGCGCAGGGGAUGCACAGGGUAGAUGAACUUUUUACCCGAAAAAUUUCAUACGCGGCCCCAGGCUGAGUCCAGCGCUGAUGGUGCCAGCCCUGAGACCUCCCCCCGCCUUGCUGAGCCGGCUCCCAAGCAGUCCCGUGUGCUGCCACCUUCCCGAAACUGAUUUUAUUCCCUCCCCUUUAUCGUCUCUGCUCUGACUCCUUUCCACAGCUGACACUGGAGGGAGAUUUUUGUGUUAGAGGGAGGAAAUCAGUUGCCAGCUUGAUCUGGAGCGAGGUGGUGGCAGAACUGGGUGGUGUUCCCAGCCUGGGCUGGGCAGGGGUGUCCUGGGGGAGGAUUUUGACGAGCAAAGCGUGAACUGGCAGGAGUUCCAGCCCCCAGUUCUGGCUGUGCUGGCCCACAGGGCAUUUGCUGUGCCAUCCCUGCGGAGGGUGGCCAUGGGGCUCACGGCAUUCACCCUGCCCAGGGACAGCUGGGCUGUGGGGGUUUGCUUUACAGGCUCCAGCAUCCCGGCAGGGUGGGCUUGCGGGGAUGGACCUUCUUGCUGGAGUCCUGUUCACUGCCAUUUUUAGGCAAUGGGUAGAUGCAGUCAGCGUCAGGUUAAUUAUUUCCGGGCAGUAAAGGACUGCUGCUGGCAAGGAGGGAGGAGAUCCCAGCAUCAGGGUGUCGGGUAAGGCUGUGCUUUCCAAGACCAGCAUUGGUCCUGGCUGCUGCCUGCCCAGGUCCGGCGGUGCCAGGGUGGCUGGGGAGCCUGGGCUAAGCCUGUUUGCUUAGCAGGAGGGGAAAAGGCACCAUAUUUGCUUUGGUGUCUGCAGCAGGCAGGGCCCUGGGCACUGACAGGGCGAAAGUCCCGGACACGGCGGGGUUUGCCCAAGCCAUGCAUCAGCCCUUGGGCUGGACACACCCAGGCCGGGGGCAAAAUGUGGGCGGAGGUGGCUCCACAUGUCCCGGAGCCGCGGCUGGUUCCCCAGGAGCCUCCUGGGCUGGGAGUCGGCCAGGAGCCAUCUCUUCUUGCCGAGGUACCUGCUUUCCCACCAGCUCUCCUGUUCUGCUCUCCCCCUCUCCUGUGGCUGGGGGCUGCUCCGCUGCCCUGCGGCAUCGCUUGGCUGUGCCCUCGGGGGUCUCAUCCCACCCCCAGCCCUCAUGGGGCUCCCCAGACCCUCCAGGACCAGCCCCAGGGAAAGAAACAGAGGGACUCAAGGAAUUGGGGGGGGGGAGGCUCAGCACCACCCAGGGAUGCUGCCCCCCUCCCUGUCCUGCUGACACCUCUCCCUGCGCCCAUCUUGCAGGUGAUGUUACUUGGAGACUCGGGCGUGGGGAAAACCUGCUUCCUGCUCCAGUUCAAAGACGGGGCCUUUCUCUCCGGGACGUUCAUAGCCACCGUGGGCAUAGAUUUCCGGAACAAAGUGGUGGCCGUGGACGGUGUGAAGGUGAAGUUGCAGAUCUGGGACACGGCAGGACAGGAGCGUUUCCGCAGCGUCACCCACGCCUACUACAGGGAUGCCCAAGCCCUGCUCCUGCUCUAUGAUAUCACCAGCAAGAUGUCCUUCGACAACAUCCGUGCCUGGCUGACGGAGAUCCACGAGUACGCCCAGAAGGACGUGGUCAUCAUGCUGCUGGGCAAUAAGGCUGAUGUGAGCAGUGAGAGGGUUGUGAGGACGGAGGAUGGAGCAUCGCUGGCCAGGGAGUAUGGUGUGCCUUUCAUGGAGACGAGUGCCAAGACAGGCAUGAACGUGGAGCUGGCCUUCCUGGCCAUUGCCAAGGAGCUGAAGCAGCGCGCGGUACAGCCGUCGGAUGAGCCCCGCUUCCAGAUCCAUGACUACAUCGAGUCGCAGAAGAAGAAAUCCAGCUGCUGUGCCUUCGCCUGAGAGUGGCCAGGAGGAGCCGGCAGCCCCGGGGGCGCAGGCAGGCGGGAGGCAGAGCGGGGGCCCAAUCCCGCCCUCGAGCACCCGAGGGAACCAGGCUCUGACAAGCCAAACACGGACAGGACAAUAUGGCAGAGCGAAGCCUGCACAAGGAGUGCCAUCGCCCCCACACCAGCACCCCGGAGCCGGAUCCUGCUGCCCUGCGAGGCAAUGCCUGGAGCUUACUGUGUGCCACUGGGGGAAUAACUGCGCUGUGGUGGCUGCCAACCUGGCCUCCAUCACCCUAGCAGGUGAUGCCUCCAUCACCCUAGCAGGAUGCAGAAUAUGGCCCCGCGCCUGGCUGAGGGCCACUUGGAGUGGCCUCAGGGGACGUGUGUGCGCCAUGGAAGACCCCCAUGCAGCCCCUGGCCCCCUCCUCCCCUGCAGCCAUCCCAGCUCUCAGCACUGCUCUCGUUUGGCUGGAAGGGCUCAAUCCAGCCCCAUGCCUUUCUGGAGCUGCUGGACUCUGGUUUCCCUCCAGGGAUCCUCAGCUCUGCCCCGCAAGCUGCCCCAUGCCCGGGUGCAGCCAGUGCCCACGCUCGGCCGUGGCUCCUUGCUGCUGUGGUUGCUGCUGUCGGCUUUUAUCCUCCUGCUGCCAUGAGGGCAGCAACGUCCCCGCUGUGUCCCAGUUCUGCCAGAGGGAAUGGCCGGGAUGGGGAAGCAUUGGGCCAAGCCUGCUCCCUUCCCCUGCGGCUGGCGUGAGAAAUAAAGCUCCCCUGGGAAUGCCCGAGUGAUGCUUGGGGCAAUCCUAACACACAGGGCAAUUUGUAAAAACCUUUGUUUCCCCCCUCUUGUAGCCACAGGAGUUGAAGACUUUUUUUUCUUUUUUUUUUUUUUAACCUAGAAAAGACUUUUCUUUUCAAUCCCUCCAGACAAAACCAUCUCCGGCCUCGUGCAGAUUGGAGCUGGUGGGGUGGAGGUGCCCGCGGUAGCUGGGGCUGCUGUGCCUGCCGGGUGCCAGGGCGGGCUGGGUUUCUCUCCCUUCGCUGCACAUGUAAUGCAACAGUUUCUUCCUGCCACUGGCAAAUAGCAGCUGAAACCCACUCUCUGGAAAGCAGAUGCCUGAGAUGCUUCAGCCAGCAAACGCUGCUACGUUGGGCACCGGCGAGGCACAGGGUGCAAGGCUUGAGCCCCACGUUGCUGCACAUCCCCGGUGCUCAGCCUGACCCUGCUGAACCCCCAGCACACUGCCGGCUCCCCCGAGCACUACGGAGGGUGGUGAGGUGGUGGAUAUUUGGUUACGUAGCUGAAGAGCUGAUGCGGAGGGCAUGGCGCUGCUGCACGUAGGAGUUGGGGACUGUCCGGCACAUCCGUCCCCUACAGCAUCUUGCCUGGCCCUGCGCCUGAGCUGCUCAUCUCUCAACGGCCCCGCUGCCCCCUUCGCCUCUGCUCUGCUCCCAGGUCUCUCUUUGCAAGUUUACACAUUAAA